AGUGUGAGGGAAGUUGUGGUACGGGUGGGGAGAACCACACUAAAGGGAGAUGGGGGUGAGCAGUUAAGGCACCGCGAGAGCGCCAGGUAGAGAGCUGCCCUUAAUGGGGGAACCUGGAGAAGAGUGUGAGCGUAGUGGGGAAGAAGGGAGAAGACAAAUAGGUUCGGGAAUGUGUCUCAGAGGGCGCGAGCGGGUGCUAGGACCCGGCGUCGAAAAGAUGCGCCUUUGGGGUUGUCGGGGCGCGCGCUCCCGUUGGUGACGCGGCGGUGGCGGAGGUCUCCGGCCGGGAUGAAGUUUCGCAGGAAGUGGAUACUCGACAGCCUUCGGCCUCCGUCCGCUUCUCCCUGCGCGCUUUCCUGCUCCACCUUGCGGCUACAGCCCUGGGGUCGAGCUCUGGUCCAAGCGCAUUCCGCCUCUCCUCUGGCCCUACGACUUCCUUUGCACCCGCCUCCCACCCUUGCUUUCCGUGGUUUACCCCUGGGCUCUGAGGCCUGGUGGUAGCGGCCACUGCCGCGGAUUGGCUGUUGCGGACCCGGGGCGGGGCAGGUGGGAGAGGCUCGUUCUCCGCGAGUUUCGUUGUGUUUCGCGCCAUGUCGUUUGCGGAGAGCGGCUGGCGGUCGGCUCUGCGGCGCCGCCGUCCCGGCACCCCGGGCCCUGUGGGUCGGCCAACGUAUUCCUCCUUUACCCGGGGGGACAGCUGGGGUGAAGGCGAAGUCGACGAGGAGGAGGGAUGCGACCAAGUGGCCCGCGACCUGCGGGCGGAGUUCUCGGCUGGGGCGUGGUCAGAGCCCAGAAAGGGCUCGGUGCUCCCGCCGGACGGGGACGGGUCGCCUGUUCUGCCCGAUAAGCGCAAUGGUAUCUUUCUCGCGGCGGCGGGCAGCAGAGCCCAGCAUCGGCGGUGGCCGGUCCAGGUCCUCUCUAUUCUCUGCUCGCUGCUCUUCGCCGUCCUUCUCGCCUUCCUCCUCGCCAUCGCCUACUUGAUCGUUAAAGGUAUUGAAGCCGAGGCCUUGAAAGUCUGUCCAGAGUAAAGUUGAGCCAGGGUGUGGCUCUCGCCUCCACCCAUGUCUUUUCCCUCGCGCUGACUAAGCCCGCAGACUGGCAGGUGCUUUCACCCAGUCCUCGUUUGCAUCUUACUUUGCUCUCCAGCCCUUUGCCUUUUUUAAGUGGAGCGUCCUGAUCCAUGAUCAGGAGAUGCAUUUUUAAAAAGGAUCUUUUGAUUAAAUGGGUACUCUUGAAGAAAUAUCUUCAAGUCCUUGAACACGGGGGAUGAAAUAUUGUCAAGAUUAAACAAAGUGCGAAACACCCACCAUUAAAAGGAGACAGUGAAAAGUGCACAUAAUUGCAAUAGGCUAUGUUCAAUGGCCUUCAUCCACAAAUAAAGAUGUGCUGUCCACCAAUUCCUCUACACAGAAUCCUGAGGGACAAAGAUUUUCAUCGCAUAGUCCAAAUUUCUACUUUUAUAGAGUUGCAUGCUGAGAAUUUGAAAAAUGAAGAUGUUGUAGACACUGGACUAUUAGGAUUCUGGACUCUACUUAUGAUAUCCCUAACUGCUGGAUUCUCCUGUUGCAGCUUUUCUUGGACAGUGACUUACUUUGAUUCUUUUGAACCAGGAAUGUUUCCUCCUACUCCUCUUUCACCUGCCAGGUUCAAGGACUUGAACAUUCAUGGAUUUUGGUGUUUGUGGGAAUCCUGGAACCAAUCUCCCAGUGGAUACCAAGGAAAAACCAGGCCAUACAGAGAUAGGAGCCGAGGGGACAUGGUGAGAAGUGACCAGAAGACAGAAUGGGAGCCUUCUGUUAUGCCUGGACAGGGCCAUCAGAGGGCUUCUUGGUCUAGCGGUAACCCCAGCGUCUGGGAAGACACCUGUUGCCAAGUGGACCAUGGUCUAGCGGUAGCGUCAGUGCCAAGGGAAAACACCUGCUACUUAGCAGACGGGGAAAGGGAGUCUGCCUUUCCCCAGGGGAGUUUAGAGAAGACUCUACUCCUCCACCUCUUGUAGAGGGCCUGACAUCAGUCAGGCCCGCCCGCAGUUAUCCGGAGGCCUAACCGUCUCGCUAUGAUGCUGUGCUUCAUUGGCCAUGCUCCUGGUCCACUUUCAAGUUCUAUCCUGUAUACCUGGCUCUGCCUUUUAGAUAGCAGUAGCAAAAUUAGUGAAAGUACUAAAAGUCUCUGGUAUGCAGAAAUAAUGGCAUAAGCCUGUCUGUCUCUGCUUUGGCUACCAGGCAGAGAAGGGCCCCCUCUCCAGUGGACACGUGACCCACGUAACCUUCCAUAUCAUUGGUGAUGACUCACACUCUUUACUCUGCCCCUUUUGCUUUGUAUCCAAUAAAUAACAGCACAGCCAGACAUUCGGGGCCACUACCGGUCUCCGCGACUUGGUGGUAAUGGUCCCCGGGCCCAGCUGUCUUUUCUUUUAUCUCUUUGUCUUGUGUCUUUAUUUCUACACUCUCUCGUCUCCACACAUGGGGAGAAAACCCACCGACCCUGUGGGGCUGGACCCUACACGUAUAUAUCUUCUUUGGAUAAUUGUCUAUUCAAAUCCUUUGCCCUUUUAAAAAUUUGACUUUUUGUCUUUUUAUUUUUUACUUAUAAGAGUUAUUUUAUAUCUUAGUAGACUCUAUCAUAUAUGAUUUGCAAAUAUUUACCUCCAUUUUGUGGGUUUUCACUUAAUAAUGUCCUUGGAAGCACAAAGGUUUUUAAUUAGAUGAUGUCUAAUUUAUGUUUUUUCUUUAGUUUCUUGUACUUUUGUUGUCAUAUCUAAGAAUCUGUUGCUUAAUUAAAGGUCAUGAAGAUUUAUAGCUAUAUUUCCUUCUAAGAGUUUUAUAGUCCUAGUUCUUAUAUUUAGGUCUUUGGUCCAUUUUGAGUAUAUUUUGUAUAUUGUGUAAGGUAGAGGACCAAAUUCAUUCUUUUGCAUUCAGUGUCCUAUAACACAAAAAAUACACAUUAAUUUUAGAUGAAUUAUAGAUCUAAAUAUCAAAAGAAGAAAAGUAAAACCUCAUUAAGAUACAGAAUAUCUUCAUAUCCAUGGAGUAGUCAAAGAUUUAAUGAAAAACCCACCAAAAAAGCACUCGCCAUUUUUUAAAAUAUUAACUGGACUUUAUUCAAAUUAAGAACCUCUGUUCAUCAAAAGAUCUAUUAAGAGAGUAAAAAAAGACACACCAUAAUAAACAUUAUUCACAACACAUAUCUUUAACAAAAGAUUUGUAUCUAGAAUAUGUAAAGAACUCUAUAAACCAAUAGAAAAAAAUGAGAAAAAGUUUUGAACACAAACAUCAAAAAAGAGGCUUUCUGAAUAGUCAGUAAGUACAUUAAUCAUCAGAAAAAUAAAUAUUAAAACCACUACAACAUACUCUGCAGACCCACUAAAAUGGUUAAAAUUUAAAACACUGAUAAUACCAAGUGUUCAUGAUGAUGUGGAACAACUUAAACUCAUACGUUGAUAGUGGAAGUGUAAAUUGGUACAACUAUUUUGGGAAAAUGUUUCAUACUUUCUACUAAAGCCUAAUGUAUAUCUACCUUGUAACUCAGCAGUUCUACUCCUAGGAUCUAUCCAAGAGAAAUAAGUGCAGAUUCCCACCACCCACCGAAGACGUGUUCAUAGUAUCUCUAUGUAUAGGAGCUCCAAACUGGAAACACCCAUCAGUAGUAAAAUGGGUAAAUACAUUUUGCUAUAUACCGCAGUAAAAAAGAACAAACUAAUACUACAUACAACAUGGAUGAAUCUCACAAAGACAGUACUGAGCAAAAGAAGGCAGAUGCAGAAAAAUAUAUAUUGUAUGAUGCCAUGUAGAUGUAGUUUCAAGAGCAAGUGAAACUAAUCUUGGUGACAGCCCUCAGUAUUGCAGUUUCCUCAAGAUCUGCAGGAGGUAAGUUGAAUAUUUAAAAGGGAGCUUUUUGCAGUGCCAGAAAUGUUCUCUAUCUUUAUGUGGUUGGUGAGUAUAUGAGAGUCUACCACAGUAAAAAUGCAUUGAACUGUAUAUAAAUGUCAGACAUUUGCAUUUUACUGGUAUGCUUUAAUUAAAAAAGUGAAAUGCAUGUAUAGAUAUAGAUUGGGUGAGGUAGACAUUGUAUUUAAUUAUCAUUUAUUGAAGAUAUUAAACUCAUUAAUUGAAGAUAAUAUUUUCAUUUUACUUGAGUCAAUUUUAAACAAGUCCUCUAUAGAGUUUUGACAAAGGAGAACCAUAAUUCCUUCAGUCUUUAUUAAUAGACUUUAGAGAUCACAAAUGAGAGUCACAAGAGAGAAAGCCUGCAGGGAUUGUCUGUCUUCCUCCAAAGAGGAAAAUCAUGGUGAAUAUUUUGAAAAGAAGCUUUAAAUUAAAGCAAGUGAUUCUUCAAAGAUUUAAGUCCUUUACCUAGCAGUAGUCUGUGACAAUUGCUACAGUGUUCCCAGUGGGAAUAUGGUACAUUUGAGAUGACAGAAAGACUAGGAACCACUACUCCCGAGCAUUUUUUCAUUGCCAUUAAAAUGCAUUGCUUUGCCUGCUUAGUAAGGAAGUCACUGAACAUUUGAGCAUGUACAUCUCAGUAAAAUUCAAUUCUGCCAACAUUGUAGUUGUCAGCUUAGUAAACUGAACUUUAAAGGUUUUUCUAUUUUUGUGGGAUUGUGAGGAUCACAAACUACUAAAAUAGAACAAUUAACUCUGGAAACCUUUUGAUGAUUAACUUUAUUGGGUGAGUACAGUCAUCCCCCUUUACAUGUGAAGGAUUGGUUCCAGGAUUCCAUACAGGUAUCAACAUCUGAGGAUACUUGAAGUCUCAUUCAAAAAUGGCUUAGUAUUUGCAUAUAACCUAAGCAUAUCCUCUCAUAUACUUUAAAACAUCUCUAGAUUAUUUAUAAUAUACCUAAUACAAUGUAAAUGUUAUCUAAAUAGUUGUUGUAUUGUUCAGGGAUUGACAAGGGAAAAAAGUCUAUACGUGUUCUGUACUGAUGCAUUUUUUUUUCCAAAAUAUAUUCUACCUGCUUGGUUCAUUUUGCAGAGGUGGAACCCACUGAUAUGGAAGACCAAACUGUAUUAAUUUAAAAGUUUUUUGGAUCAUCACUAAAUAUUUUACGAUGAAUGAUAAUGCUGAUUGUUCAACUUUAGGUUUCUGUUCACUAGUCAUCAAUAUAUAUUUGAGGAAUUUCUUUUUUAAAGGGACAAAGCAUUAUACCUAUUUUACGAUGUAGAUAGGUAAUAUAGCUAGGUAGAUUAACCCUUAAUAGCACAUGAGAAGCAUCUUAGACUAGCCCUAGUUGGGUAAAGAAAGGUUGAGUCGAAAGAGUAAAUAAUAACUCCCUUGGAACAGAGCAGGGGACCGUCAGGAAGCAUCAGGGUCUAUGUAGCUUCAGAUGAAUGCAAAGGGCUCUUCUUUGAAGAAUGUACCUUCUUCAAUCUCUGCCACAGAUAUUGUGCGACUGGAAUCACUAUGAGGUGCUCUUCAAGUGUUAAUUCACAGCUAAGUGCUUCUCUGGCUUUGGCUACUCCUUAGGAAAGGAGGAGAGGAUAUGGGUAUUUAUGACCAUCUCAGUCCAGGGCCCUUACUGCUUUUGUCUUUUGGCUUUUACUUCUGCUAGUGCACCUUCCUGUAUGUCCUCAAUUUGUUUUGCUCCAGAAAGGAGAGUAUUCUCUUCUGCCUUCUAGAGAGUCUCAAUUGGAUACUACCUUCUUUUCUUUUUAGUAUGUCUCAUUCUUACUAGGAUAAGCAAAUAGUAUUAUUGCAAUACAGUUAGUGGGAAAAACUGUUGUAAGAUUGUUACAAGAGAAAGGAAACAAAUGUCAGGGAAUAUUCAUGCACAUAAGAGUUAUUAAACUAGUUGGCACUCCUAGCAAUCAUAAAAGAGAUGUGUCUUUGCUGAUCAUUAAGAACUCAUUGAAAACCACUUCAAUUAAGUAACCUAUAAGAAUGAUAGCUGAAAUAUCUAUAAAAGACAUAGGGAGUUCCUUCAUAUAACCUAAAAGUGGUGCAAACAGAACAAAUACUUGAAAUAAUAUGUAUUUUAAGUUAAAUCAAAGUAAGAACAGACAGCACGGAAACACACCAGUAAUUAAUGAAAGAACUGUUUGUAAAAUAACAAAACUUACACCUUAGAAUUAGAUUAUGGCUACACACAGUGACAAUGAAACACAGUAAAGAAAUAUAGGGAUGAAACUCAGCAUUACUCAUCAGUAAUGAUUUGAAACAACUAUAAUUGUUAACCAGUACAGUUUUGACACAGCCCUUAAUAAGAUCUAUCCACUAUUUAUCCUGCAGAUGUCCAAUGUUCUUUUUUUAAGUUUUGUAUUCAUAUGUGAACAUUUGGGAAAUACACUCCAAGGUCGUAAGUAUUUUCGAUGAAAACUUUUGGUGUCUUUGUUAUACCACAUUGCAUUUUUCUUUUUUGAUUUGUGUUUUUCUUUUU